AUGGCCCAGUCCCUGUGCCCUCCGCUCUCUGAGUCCUGGAUGCUCGCGGCAGGCUGGGGUUCAGCUCAGCCGCCACAGGCCGCCGAUGCGGACUGCGGCUGCUCCCCGGCUUCGUCCCCGGACUCAUGGGGCAGCGUCCCGGCCUGCAGCCCCGUGCCGAGCCCCGGGAGCCCUGCCACCCGCGCCUCCCUCCGCGGGCCGGCAGCAGGGAGGCGAGGGGCGCGCGGCGGCCGCCUGGGCGCUGGGCAGCGGCAGAGCGCCAGCGAGCGCGAGAAGCUGCGCAUGCGCACGCUCGCCCGCGCCCUCCACGAGCUGCGCCGCUUUCUGCCUCCGUCCGUGGCGCCCGCCGGCCAGAGCCUGACCAAGAUCGAGACGCUGCGCCUGGCCAUCCGCUACAUCGGACACCUGUCGGCCGUGCUGGGCCUCAGCGAGGACAGCCUGCAGCGCCGGCGCCGGCAACGCGGCGACGCGGCGCCCUCUCGGGGCUGCGCGCUGUGCCCCGACGGCGGCCCCGCGGAGGCGCAGAGGCAAGGCUGCUGCUCAGGCUCGGCCGCGGGCGCCCCGGUGUCCUGGAGGUCCCCGCCCGCCUGCCCCGGAGCCCUGGCAGCGCCCGAGCUGCGCGACCCUCCGGUGCUUAACGACCGCGGGGCGGCGUGCCCGGAAGGACCGGCGAUGGAGCCGAGCCCCUCAUCCCCGCUCUUUCCCGGCGACGUACUGGCCCUGCUGGAGACCUCGAUGCCCCUCUUGCCCCUGGAGUGGCCGCCGGCCUGA